AUGCAUCUACCAAAGUCCAGACAGACUUCGUCGUCCAUAGGAUUGCGUUCUCAGGAGAGGCGUGCCGGCACUUCUGACGCCGACGCCCAGUCUGCAACUGGCAGCGAGCCCAGUACGCCGAGCUCUAAACCCAACACGACGAGCUCCAAGAAGAAGGGUGCCAUGUCGCAACGUAAUCGCAGUGGCCGCGGCCUCAACCGUAACAAUGGAGGCACCCACGGCGAAGAAGUUGCGCUGUGGGACUCGGUAAAGGACAAACUUCCCGAGAUCCUUGCGCAGAUCAACGAAGACACUCGCAACCUCGACGAGCUCCUCAAGCUCGAUGCCGAGGCCGCCGCCUACCGGAAGAAGGGAAAGGAGCCGCCGGCUAGCCUCCUCGCCAAGAUGGAAACGCACUGUCGCAAGGGUGUCAAGGGUACUGAGGCGAUUAAAAAUGAGAUUGCCACCUCUAUCGAAAAGAUUGGAGUCCUCCGCGCCAUCAUCCAGGCCAACAAGGACCAGGGCGGUACGGACGCGGGCUCCGGUCCCGCCACGACUGCUCGAUCUGCCGCAUCUUCGCGUCCUACUCGUGAUAGGGAUAGGGACCGAGACCGGGAUCGGGACCGGGAUCGUGAGCGAGAGCGCGAUACCAGGGAGAGGGACGCCGCCGCCACGUCUUCACUUUACGACUUUGACGGUUCUGGAGAGUCUCCUGUUAGAAGCCCCAUGGGCGGUUCUGCUCGGAGAUUUGGAACCGACCGUUCAAGCAACCGGGACAGCAUUCCGCCUCAGUCAGACAGCGCAGAGCCAACCUCGGGACCCGGAAGCACCUCGGCCGCCGCUACUGGUGCGGGUACAACCAGCCAAGCUAAGUCCAAGGUAGUGUUCAACAAGGGCGACGAGGUUGCCUUCCGACCUAAACAGGUCAGUGGCGGAGAGCAGCCCGAUUGGAUUCUCGGUGAGGUGGCCGCCGUUAUCGGUGAUGGUAAAACGCGCCGCUACAAGGUUAUGGAUAUUGAGCCCGAUGAGUCCAGCAAACAGCGAGAGUUCCGCACGUCGGCGUCCAACAUGAUUCCCAUCACGCCCGAAUCGCAGGCGGCCUCCCUCCCCGCCUGGGAGGCCAGGAAGGUGGUUCUCGCCUUGUAUCCGCAGACCACAACGUUUUACAAAGCGGAAGUUGUGAGCACCUCGGCCGAUGGAAAGGUUAGCCUCCAUUUCGAGGGCGAGAGCGAUUCAGCUACGCUCCAGCAGGUUGAGCGUCGGUUUGUGGUCGAGUAUCGACCUUGA